ACAACAAUAUGAGUGAUAUUUUUACCAACAAAGACAUCAUCAACGGUGAUGUUGACGAUGAAGAACAGCCACACGAAUCGAUACCAUUGAUUGGCAAAGAAGUCAAUGGAUCUAUCAAUGGAUCUGCUAAUGGAUCAGUCAAUGGAUCAGUCAAUGGAUCAUCCGAUGAUCGUUUAAAGACUUCCUGCCAUAACGGCAAUGGCGCCAACAAUCGGCGACUAUAUAUCAAACAAAACGGCGGCCGACAAAUGACCCAACGAAACGGCAACGGCGACCAACCGAAAAAAUUGAUGACCAGAAUCAGGUUCGGCUCGACCGAUACCUAUCUGUCGUCGAGCAAUGGUAACCAUCAUUGGAGUGACAGCCGUCUGGAUGAAUGCGGUGACGAUGACCAACAUAAUCAUCAGCGAAGUGUUACUCACGAUAACAAUGCUUACAAUCAUCCGUCCAUUGCUUGCCGCCGAUCGUCUCGAACCGUCCACUCAGAUACCGAUUUGACGGCUUUACUAUUGACCACCAACACUACUACCGCCACUACCGAUGAUGACGAUGAUGUCGACCAUACAACGACCAACAACAACACCAUCAUCAGCAACGACAACAACACCAUCAACGGCGACAUUGCUAUCAACGGCGUAAUGAAUCACAACCCGGUCCGAAAAAGUGUGUCAAUAGGCAAGAGUGAUGCCGCCGCCUCAGCAGUCAAUGGCCAGAAUCAGUCCAGAUUUCAAGUGGCCAAAGUAUCCGACGAUGAUAACGGCGACGACGACAACAACAGCUCGGACGACACGAUUCACGAUAUGGCGACCAUUGGCGGCCAUCAUAUGACUGUCGACUAUACGACCACUUAUGAUACGAAAAAUGUGAAAAGUCUACGCUAUUACACCCGUGAAGCACUUCCACGUGUCGACAACUAUCGGAAUAUUCUGUCGGUUCAUCGGCAUAUGACUCGUCCGACUCUCGAUGAGCUACACGGCGUGCAAACCACUAUACAUCCCGAUCCCAACAACAAAGCAAAAUUGGGCGACAAAUUGAAUGGCGAUAUUAGUGUUGAAACGGCAGUAAAGUUUGGUUGGAUUAAAGGAGUUCUUGUUCGAUGUCUAUUGAAUAUAUGGGGUGUUAUGCUAUUCAUGCGACUGGCCUGGGUAGGUGCCCAGGCCGGUAUAGGCUUGGGCUCUGUGGUAAUCAUAUUAGCAACCAUUGUGACCACUGUCACAUCGAUUUCCAUGUCGGCUAUCUGUACGAAUGGCGAAGUCAAAGGCGGCGGUACCUACUAUAUGAUCAGCCGAAGCCUGGGGCCAGAGUUUGGCGGUGCCAUUGGCAUCAUAUUUUCGAUCGCCAACGCAGUAGCCGUUGCCAUGUAUUCGGUAGGAUUUGCCGAAGCCAUGAGAGAUCUCCUAAUGGACAACGGUUUGGCGCUAAUCAAUGGCGGAAUGAAUGACAUCCGUAUUAUCAGUUCGUUAGCUACCAUUGCAAUGCUCGGCAUUGCCUUAGUUGGCACCGAAUGGGAGGCAAAGGCACAAAUCAUACUACUCUUUGUCUUACUGGUAGCGAUGGGUGACUUCUUUAUCGGAUCAUUGAUUCCUCCGAGUGUUGAAAAACAGUCAAAAGGAUUUGUCGGAUGGUCAGGCCAAGUAUUAGUUGAUAAUUUUAUGCCUCGAUUUGAGGGCCAGUCGUUUUUCACGGUAUUUUCGGUAUUUUUUCCGGCGGCCACUGGCAUACUGGCCGGCGCUAAUAUAUCCGGUGAUCUUAAGGACCCGCAAACAAGUAUCCCAAAGGGCACACUACUGGCCAUUGGAAUUACGACAUUCAGUUAUCUACUGUUCCUAUUCAUCUGCGGCGGAGUUGUAACCAGAGAUGCUAACGGUUUGACUGAACUAUUGUUUGCCAACAGUUCCGGUGAUUAUCUAAACCUAAUACAAAACUGUACGAUCAAUGGUAACACAAAAUGCGAAUACGGUUCGUCGCACAAUUAUCAAAUUGUGGAACUGGUAUCGAUUUUCGGGCCAAUCAUUUAUGCCGGCAUAUUUGCGGCCACACUGUCGUCGGCGUUGGCCAGUCUUGUAAGCGCUCCCAAAGUGUUUCAGGCGCUCUGCAAAGAUAAACUGUUUCCUUAUAUCGAGUACUUUGGCCACGGAUUUGGCAAAAAUAACGAACCCCGACGUGGAUAUCUACUGGCCUUCGGGUUGGCCAUUGCCUGCUGUCUAAUAGGAGAUCUCAAUUCAAUAGCACCGCUUAUAUCAAACUUUUUUCUGGCCGCCUAUUGUCUCAUCAAUUUCUCCUGUUUUCACGCGUCGUUCGCCAAAUCGCCCGGUUUUAGGCCAUCAUUCAAGUACUAUAACAUGUGGCUCAGCCUAAUGGGUGCCGUACUAUGUCUAAUGGUUAUGUUUAUGACCCACUGGCCGGCAGCUUUGGGAACGUUUGUCAUUAUUUUGGGACUCUAUAUAUGGAUUCAGUAUAGAAAACCCGAUGUCAACUGGGGCUCAUCCACUCAGGCACAGACCUAUCUCCGAGCAUUGAAUUCAGUUUAUCGCUUGAAUUUAGUGCCCAAUCACGUCAAGAAUUUCAGACCACAAAUUCUGGUAUUGACUGGAAGUCCUAGUUCUCGGCCGCCAAUCAUUGACUUUUCCAAUACUAUAUCAAAAGGAAUCGGUUUAAUCAUUUGUGGACACGUUGUUGAUGGAUCGCUAUCUCAAAGAGCCCGUAACGCUCUCAUCCAAGAGUCGAAUAAUUAUCUUCAAAGACGACGAAUUAAAGGUUUCUAUAAUCUCGUUGAAGAAGAAUCGUUGGCUAAAGGUGUCGACUCAAUGAUCCAGUCGGUCGGUGUCGGCAAACUAAGACCAAACAUAGUGAUGAUGGGUAUGAAAAGCAAUUGGCAGACAAGCGAUCCCGAAGAGAUCAGCGAUUACUUCAAUACAAUUCAUACUGUAUUCGAUCGUCACUUAUCACUGAUAGUGAUUCGGUUGUCAAACGGUUUGGAUUUUUCCCGUUUCGGUGACAUUCCUGACGAAGAAAAUGAAAAGGAAAAACCAACAGCUAAUGGUUUGACUCCUUCGGCACCGUAUCUGAACUGUUCGUAUGUCAGCAUUGAUGUGUCCAAAGAAGAUAUCGCAAGCAAUGGACAACUAUUGUCUGUUGUGAACAUUUCCAAUCGCGGUAGUAUCAGUUCCCGUGGGUCGACACCAUCGACACCGUGUUCUCACUUUGUUGUAAAUGGUAUUCAACAACAACAACAUCAUCAUCAACAGCAACAACAACUACCACAUCAUCAACAACAGCAACAAACCAAUGGUUCAACCAAUAUAUCGGAAAAUCCUAUGGGAAUGAACGGCAUUUCCAAAGAUAUUAUACCGAAAGAGGUGAUGUUAGCCGUCAAUCAGUUCCAAAACAAACAGAAAAAAGGUUUUAUCGACGUCUGGUGGCUAUACGAUGACGGAGGACUGACACUACUGUUACCGUAUUUGUUGAGUACUAGAAAACAAUGGAAAGGAUGUAAACUACGGGUGUUUGCUUUGGCCAACAAAAAGGACGAAUUGGAUACCGAACAGAGAAAUAUGGCGACACUGCUCAGCAAAUUCCGUAUCGGCUAUUCGGAUGUCAUUGUCAUCGCCGACAUACAUAAGCCGCCCCAGGAGUCGACAAUACGCGAGUUCGACGCACUGAUCAGCAAAUGGCGGGUCAAAGAGUCGUCGGACAACACAACAAACAAUUGCGACCCGAAUACUGGUGACCACAACAAUACAAACGAUAGCGACAGUAAUAGGAGUAGCAAUCAAUUGGUGAUUACUGAAGACGAAGUGAUUGCACUUAAAGAUAAGAAUAAACGUCAUAUGAGACUACGGGAACUGUUGUGUCAGUAUUCACGGCAAUCAUCACUCAUCGUAAUGACACUACCGAUGCCUCGAAAGGGUACCUGUUCUGCGCCGAUGUACAUGUCAUGGCUGGAACUGUUAACCCAAGAUAUGCCACCAUUUAUGUUCAUCAGAGGCGACCAAACAAAUGUCCUAACGUUUUACUCUUAAUUUAUUUAUUAAUUAAUUAUUAUUUAAA